GGCAAAUUUCAUUGUGUUUUGGUUUUGGUUUUGUUUUUCAUUCAUUGAGAAACCAUGGAAAUAGGCCUAUUCGCAGGUUUUUAUCUCCUCAUGGUGUUUUUCCUCUGUGUUUUGAUGUUCUUGCAUGGGGAAUGGGGAUUUUGCUGCAGCAGAAAAAGACGGCGGGUUGUGCAUGGCCCCAGAUCGUAUCCUUUUGUGGGUUCUUUAUUUUCUUUCUGGAAAAACGCCCCUCGCCAAAUGGACUGGUACACAGAAAUGAUGGCCAGGUCUCCCACACAGACCAUCGUGGUGGAACGCCUUGGCGGCGUAAAAACUGUCGUGACGGCUAGUCCUGCAAAUGUGGAGCACAUUGCGAGGACCCAAUUCGAGAAUUAUCCCAAAGGCGAGCCUUUUACUGCAAUUCUGCAUGAUCUUCUCGGAAGGGGGAUUUUUAAUGCCGAUGGGGAUUCCUGGAAACUGCAGAGAAAAAUCGCCAGUUAUGAAUUCAACACGCGCUCGCUGCGAAACUUCGUGGUGGAUGUCGUGGGGGACGCCACCAGUCGGUUGAUCGACAUCAUGGACGGCUAUGCCAUGCAAGAACGCCCGGCGGCGGCGGCGGCACGUCUGCUGGACAUGCAAGACGUGCUGCAACGGCUGGCGUUUGAUAACAUUUGCAAGGUGGCAUUCGGGGUUGAGACCGGCUUCUUGGACGCCUCUUUUCCUGCCUCUGAACUUGCCCAGGCCUUCGAUUUGGCCACCACGCUUAGCUCGCUCAGAAACACCGAGCCCAUCUCUGUCAUAUGGAAGCUCAAGCGCUUGCUCAAUGUCGGCUCCGAGCGCCGCCUCUCCGACGCCGUCAGGGUCGUGCAUGGCUUCGCCCUCGACGUCGUGCGUAGUCGCAUGCAAGAAAGCGGCGCCGACGAAAAAAUCAAGUUUUCCAACCAGAACCAGAACCAGGACCUGCUGUCGAGAUUCAUGGAGGCGGUCGAUUGCCGCGGGGGAAAUGAUGGAUCGGAGAAAUUUCUCCGGGACAUAAUCGUGAGUUUUAUCUUGGCCGGACGGGACACGACUUCGUCGGCGCUCUCCUGGUUCUUCUGGCUGAUUUCCUCACACCGGUCUGUCGAAGACGCCAUUUACAACGAAAUCAUGGCGACCGGCGGUUCCGGUUCCGGUUCGGGAACUUUCAGUUAUGAGGAUCUGAAGAACAUGAAAUACCUGCACGCCGCAAUUUGCGAGUCGAUGAGACUGUACCCGCCGGUUCCAAUUAAUUCGAGACACGCACUGCACGACGACAAGCUACCCGACGGCACGAUGGUCGGUAAGGGCACGCGGGUGACGUAUCAUUCCUACGCCAUGGGGCGGAUGCCCGCCAUUUGGGGGCCCGAUUGUCUGCAAUUCAAGCCCGAGAGAUGGCUGGAUGACGGCGGGUGCUUCGUUCCUCAGGGGCAGUUCAAGUACCCGGUCUUUCAUGGCGGCAUGCGGGUCUGUUUGGGGAAGGAAAUGGCGUUUAUUCAGAUGAAAUAUGUCGCUGCCUCUGUUAUCCGCCGGUUCAGAGUUCGACCCGUGGGUUGUGGGAUUUCUCCGCGGCUCGUUCAUUCCCUCACUUCCCGAAUGGCUGGUGGUUUCCCCGUCUCUAUCAUGCCUAGGAAUCAUCAUCAUCAUCCAUCUUCAACUUCAACUCCAGAAUCUUGUUGAUAGGCUGCGGUUAAUCUCCACAUAAAAUGGCACUUAAAAAAAUAUUUCAGAUCUGUAAAUCACAGUGUUUUUACGUCUAACUAUUGAAAAUUUUGCAAAAAUCUAUUCUAUUUUGCAAAUUUUAGAAACUGUACCUAAUGCUGUUUUGUAUAGAGAUUAGCUUGCCAUGCUGUUUUGUGUAGAGAUAAGCCGAUCUGUUCCCAUACACGUUUUGGUGUUAUGGAAAGCACAGUUGUAAUACUAGUAAAUACAGUUGUAAUGGUAGUGGUGUAAAACCAGAGGAUCUGGAGCAGAGCGUGACUGGUGUGUGGGCCAUUUGUCCUUCCCAGCCAUUCUUUUCUCUUUAUAAUGUCAAGUGGACCAUGUGAUAUGACUUCCAGUUUUCUUUGACCUUGGAAAUACGGAACUUAUUUCCAAGUUUGACAACUCUGUACAGCAAUAUCAGAUGUCCCCCGUUCACUGUCAUUGACCCGUCUCGUAGGGGAGAAUGGGGGGAACAUUUAAUAUAUUUUUCUUAUACACGUUCUUCACACAGCUUUUACCCAAGAAUUGGACAACAAAUCGUUAUACUUCUACUCAAAGAAAAUCUCAUCCUGUGAGAAAAUCUUUAGCCGGUUAUAUGUGCCCAACUGAUAUGCUAUUUUUAAAUGGUACUCAAUUUCAACCAAGUUUCUAA